AUGGCCACUGCAGCAUCCAACAAACUAUUUACACCACUUCAAGUUGGCGACCUUACUCUCGCCCAUCGAGUCGUCAUGGCUCCCUUGACCCGAUACCGAGCCGACGAUAACCAUGCACACACCGACCUUGCCUUGAAGUACUAUUCCCAACGUGCAGAGGUCCCUGGUACACUCCUGAUUACUGAAGCUACAUUUAUAUCCCCCGAGGCUGGUGGAUAUGACCAUGUUCCUGGGAUCUGGUCCGACGAACAGAUUGCAGCAUGGAAAAAGAUCACCGACGCGGUUCAUGACAAGCGCUCCUAUAUCUAUCUGCAGCUCUGGGCCCUCGGGCGCGCCGCUGACCCCAAGGUACUGGGACGAGAGGGCCUUCCCUUUGUCUCUUCUUCUCCCACUCCAAUGGAAGAAGGUGCGCCUGUUCCGAGGGAGCUCACUCGAGAGGAAAUCAAACGUUAUGUCGACACAUACGCACAAGCUGCCAAGAACGCAGUCUUCAAAGCCGGGUUCGAUGGGGUCGAAAUUCACUCAGCAAACGGCUACUUGUUGGAUCAGUUCCUUCAAGAUGUUUGCAACAAGCGUACCGACGAGUACGGCGGAUCAAUAGAGAACCGUGCUCGCUUUACACUGGAAGUCGCAGAUGCCGUGACUGCGGCGGUUGGUGCCAAGAAGACAGGUAUUCGAUUCUCGCCUUGGGGCAAAUUCCAGGGCAUGCGCAUGGAAGACCCCGUUCCAACCUUCUCAUAUGUAAUCAAAGAGCUGGCAAAGCGUCAUACGGAUCUCGCGUAUGUUCAUUUUGUGGAACCUGUCGUGGCCGGAGAUAGCGACCAGAAAGUAGACCAGGCGCAUGAUACAGGGUCCGCCAAGCACCCUGAUUCCAAUGAUUUUGCUCGCGAAAUAUGGGCUCCGCGCACAUUCCUUAGCGCUGGUGGUUACAAUCCCAAGAGCGGCGAACAAGCGGCGAACAAGUACGGAAAUGCGGCAAUUGUAUUCGGGAGGCACUUCAUUGCCAAUCCGGACCUGCCUGAGCGCUUACGCAAUGGGAUACCGUUAAACCACUACGAUCGUGACACCUUUUAUACCCAGGGCCCGAAGGGAUAUAUUGACUACCCGAAGGCAAACGAAGUCAAGGCAUAA